AUGAGGGAGUACUAUGAAGUGCUGUGCAUUCCCUGUGACGCCUCUGACGAGGACAUCAAAAAGGCGUACAGGAAGGCAGCACUGAAAUGGCACCCGGAUAAGAACCCGGAGAACAAGGAACACGCCGAGCGGAAGUUCAAAGAGAUCGCGGAGGCCUAUGAAGUGCUGUCGGACAAGAGCAAGCGCGACCUCUACGACCGCUACGGCAAGGAUGGACUCACGGGGGCCGGUGAGGGACCGAGGGCUGAAGAUGGAGCCCCUGGAUUUAUGUUCCACUUUCGCAGCCCCCAUGACAUCUUCAGAGAGUUCUUUGGGGGACAAGAGCCUUUCUAUGGUGAGUGGAAGCCUCAGCCCCUGUGGGACCAGCAGGCCCAACCCCCUGGGAGAACCUCUGGACCCUUCAAUUCCAACAUCAACGCAGGAAAGGGCUUCCACUUCUUCUCUACCUCGACCAAGUUCGUCAAUGGCAAACGCGUCACAACCAAAAGGACUGUGGAGAACGGGCAGGAGCAGGUGGAAAUUGAAGAGGACGGAGAGCUGAAAUCUGUCCACGUCAAUGCUGUAUCCCUCAACUCAGGAGAAGGCUUCUGCGUCUCUUCCACCUCUACCAAGUUAAUCAAUGGCAAAUGCAUCACAGCAAAAAGGACUGCGGCGAAUAGACAGGAGUGGGCAGAUGUUGAAGGAGAUGGGGAGCUGAAAUCUGUUCGUGUUAACGGGGUGGCUGUUGACAAGACAUACAAAAGAGCAGCAGGGAAUGAAUCUCAUGCUGGGCCUCUGGACCCUCGCCCUGGGCCUCACACAUCUCGUCAGAGGCAAAAGAAGCCACACACCAGAACCAGAUACAAGUCAGCUUCUGGUGACAAGCUGCUGGCUGGGAAGAGCAGGCCACGAGCCAGGCGAAGCUUACCACAGGAGGGAAGCAGCAUACCACUGGCCAAGGGAACCACAUCACCGGCCAGGGAGAGCAAGUCACAGGCUGAAAGGAGCACACCAGGGACUGGGGAGAGUGCUCCGCAGGCCAGGGAGAGCGGGUAUGAGCCAUAUCGGGGAGCUGAGCCGCAUGCCGGAAGGAGUGAAUUGCAUGCUGGGAGGAAAGAGUUGCAUGCCAAACUCCAAUUAGCUCCCAGAUACAAGGGGUCACCAGCUGGGAGGAACCAGUCGCAUGACAGAUGCCACAGAGCGGAGGUUGUGUGGCUAGAGUCGGCUGCUGGGUGUGAUGAGCUGGGUCCUGGGUGGAGUGAACUACCUGAUGAUUGGAAGAGUCUCCCACAAAGUGGAAGAUGGUUGCUCCUGGGUGGAACGAAUUGGCAGCCAGAUACAAGUCAGGUCCCAGCUGGGACGGAGAAGAGGGUGCAGGAGCAAUGCUUUGGGACAGCGUGUCUAACGCGCAUGACGCUCCUGGUGGGAGAGAGUCCGCUGCCCAGUGUAACAAGGACAUUCCCCAGAGGAACAAAUUGUCUGCCAGAUGGAAAGAGACAAGUCCUGGGUGAAACCAUGCAUUUGCCCAGGUGGCCAAGCCAAUCCCCAGGCAGGCCAGGCCAGUUCCAGUGUCCUACAACUCCACUCUUGGGCAAGAGCAGGUGGCUCCAGGGUGGAACGAGAUGGAGAUGGGAUGGGAUGAAUAAGUUGCCCAGUGGAACAAGCCAGCUCUUGGAUGCAAUCCGUCGGCUCCAGAGUGGGGUGAAUCAGCUGCCCUGCAAAAUGCCUCCGCUCCCAGAUAUAAUCAGUCAGUCCCAGGCUGGAACGAGCCAGCGCCCAGACGGAAGCGGUCCUGAUGUUUCGUCCUCUGAUUCCAGCUGUUCCCAUAACCAGCUUCACCCCAGGGAGGGGAGAAUGCUGUGAAUGCUGGGACCCACUGGGACCCACUGGGAAAGAGGUUUCCUAGGGGCAUUGGCCCAUGGGCAAGCAGCUGUUCAAUAAAGGACAGGACCAGGGCUCUCCGUCUGUCUUGAUCACGCACUGAGAAGCCAGAUGCUGAGGAGCUGCUUAGGCAGGAACAGGAGCAGAGCUCCCAGGGCCUUUCUGACCUCCAGAGGCCCAGUGGUGUCCUGGCAUUAGGGUGCUUAGGGCCACCUCAAUGCUGCUGGCGCUGCCCCCAUUGGCACAUGGUUCAGCUGCAUAGUUAUACCACACACCUGUUGCGGACACUAUAGAUAGGAGGACAUGGUCCUGCUCGUUGCUCACACACUAAGGUGAUGGACCCUAUAAGAACCCAGAAAGCCCCUGGGUCCCCCCGGUGCUGUCAGGAGGUUACAGCCCCCUGACUGCUGUGGCUCAGGGCUCUGGUUUGGCUCUCUUUGAGGGGUGCCCAGGGAAGGGAAAGGGAGGCGUGUGCACAAGGCAGCCGGGGAAGGAGAGAGGGAGACAUCACUUUGGGACACGACUACAGUAGAACUCAGCGUUACGAACACCUCGGGAGUGGAGGUUGUUCCUAACUCUGAACAAAACAUCAGGGUUGUUCUUUCAAAAGUUUACAACUGAACACUGACUUAAUACAGCUUUGAAACUUUACUGUGCAGAAGAAAAAUGCUGCUUUGAACCAUCUUAUUUUAAAUGAAACAAGCCCAGAAACCGUU